GUCAGUAGUAGUUCAACAUCAGGUCAAUACGCACGCUUGUUCAGUGUUUACGUGUAGGCAGAGACGUUACAUUUAAGAUAAAAGAUGAUUGUAGCAGAAGCUUGGAAAGCAAGCUACCUCUACUGGGUCUUUCCCGUUCUGAUCGUCGCUACAGUAUUUGCGAUCCUUGGUCUUUUCGGAGUCAUAUUCGCGAUCAGACUGUUCGCCAAAUAUACCUGUGGAAGAUUCCGAAAGACCACUAGAAUGGACGGAAAGACCGUGAUUGUUACUGGAUGUACUGGUGGCAUUGGGAAGGAGACUGCAAGAGAUCUGGCCAAGAGAGGAGCCAGGGUUAUCAUGGCGUGCAGGAAUAUGGAGGCUGCUGAGAAAGUCAAAGCCGAAAUCAUCGACUCGACGAAGAACACGCAAGUUGUGGUCAAAAAACUGGACCUCAGCUCCUUCGCCUCCAUUCGCGAAUUUGCAGCAGACAUCAACAAGACCGAACCAAAACUAGACGUCCUAGUCCACAACGCAGGGUACGCAGACACAUUCAAGAAGAGAAAAACAGUAGACGACAUUGAGAUGACCAUGGAAACCAACCAUUAUGGACCUUUUCUUCUCACCCAUCUUCUGAUAGACCUACUAAAGAAAAGCGCUCCGUCCAGAAUAGUUGUGGUUGCUUCAUCGCUGUACCGUCUCGCAUCAUUUAACAUUGACAACCCAAACCCCGUUGACACCAUACCAGGAUACCUUUACUACGCUUCUAAGGAAGCUAACAUACUUUUCACAAGAGAAUUAGCGCGAAGAUUAGAAGGUACUGGAGUGACUGUGAACUGUCUUCAUCCAGGAUUAAUAGAAACUGGUAUUUGGAGCUCAGUUCCACCUCCAUUGAACUGGAUGCUGUUCCCUAUCAUUAAGUUCUUCUUUAAGACGCCGAAGCAAGGAUGCCAGACUACUGUGAUGCUAGCGGUUGAUGAGGAGUUGGAAAAGGUUUCUGGGAAAUAUUUUUCUGAUUGUAAAGAAAGUUCCUUAUCGAGUUCAGUAAGUAAUAUGAGUAGGGCUAAGAAGGUUUGGGAGGUGUCUGAAAGAAUGGUCAAAUUGGGUGAUACUGAUCCAAGGAUUUAGUGAGAAUUAUACCAGCUAGUUUGUCGUGGAACUUGGUGGAAAGUAACAUAAGGAUGCUGGAAAGAUUUGAACACUGAAU